GUAAAUAAAAAAACAGAGCUUCUCUUAAUGGCAUUCUACUAAUGCUUGACAUAAUUCCUUUGAAUUUGUAGCAAAGCACUACUGAUAUUGAUUGACACAAGCCGAUUAACCGUAAGCCUUAUCUUUUGAACAGUGAACAAGUCUGACUGAAGUAUUGAAGGGUGUCAUUGGACGAUUGUUUUUAUACACAAGUUUACAAGGACAAUUUGCGGAGUAUCAGCUUUGGCGUUUAAUCAAUCGCUAGUGAGUCCAUGAGUCUGGUUGGUCGUUUUCCAUCGUCGUGGACCUUAGUUUGGUUUAUUAUUUGAAGUCCAAACCAAGCUGCUAAGUUUUACUGAAGAACUACAUAGAAACACACUGUCAUCAACUAUUGAGUAUAUGGUCUGCAUACACCUACUAAUAACCAUAAUCGCGUAUAAUAUAUUCAUUCUAUCAGUUAAGCAGCCAGACCAUGGUCACCUAUUGAGUAAAUCCUCCAUCUAGUAAUUAUGUACCAUCCUUCGCAACAUAGGCUGAAAGAGGAGCUCUUAUGAAUCCUUCCCUACUUUUAUAGCCAUCAGUGUUACUGAUGAUAAAUUUAUAAAGGCGAUUUUGUUUUAUACAUGGAUAGUAGCUCUUGUGUACCUCGUUUCAAUUAUAUUGGAAAUAAAGACUAUUUAGUUUUCGUUAGGCAUGAGUAAGACGGCAUUGAACACCUCAAGCAGAUCCGCGUUUGACACCUCUGCAAGAGUAUUGUAUCUAUUGUGAUAAAAAUUAGCAGCGUCUGAAGUAUUAUCGUUAGUCUGCGUUUUUUCUACCUUACAGAACCUACACCAGAAAAUCAGUAUCAGAUUUACAAUCGGCUAAAAAUCGGUGGUCGUUCAAGCGUAUCAGAAGCAUCAAACUAGUUGAAAACAAUGUCUGGUUUCUUGGGAAAGUGGAAACUUAGCGAGUCACACAACUUCGAUGCUGUCAUGUCAAAGCUAGGUGUCUCAUGGGCAACUCGACAGAUUGGGAACACAGUGACCCCAACUGUAACCUUCACAAUGGAUGGGGAUAAAAUGACUAUGUUAACAGAGUCAACUUUCAAAAAUCUUUCUUGUAUGUUCAAGUUCGGCGAGGAAUUCGAAGAAAAAACAAGUGACGGCAGAAACGUUAAGGUAAAUAAACUUUUGGCUUCUAGGUAUUUAUGUGCUUUAAAGAUGCAAUACUUACUAAGAAACAAUAACUAAAUAACGACAUUUCUUUGAUCAGUUGUUAAUUCAUGGGGAUUGAUCUAAUGGAUCUUAGCUUCCAAUCACCAAACCAAGUAUUUGUGCGUAGUUAUUAACUCAUCCGCGUUUUUACCUGUUCUUUCCUUUAUUCCUCAAUAGCCAACCUAUUAUUAUUAUUAGGUUUCGGGCUGAUCAGUGAUGCAGAGUAAACCGUUAUGCGGACAUCGACUUAAUGUUAAAGCCUUCCACAAGUAGUUGCGUGUAUGGUCGAGGUCACUUCUUUCAAUUUCAAUCAUUGUACACCGACAUUUAAGUAACCAAAACGGUAAGUGAGACAACACAACUAGAUGUAAUUUCAAAAAAAUGGAUGUUAGUAAGUAGCUGCCACCCAUAACACAAAGACCAAAAACCCAGAAAUACUCAUUGCACCACAUCAUUACUGCUAUAGUCAUCAGUUAUCAAACGCGUUUUAUUCCCAUGAAAGAAUAAUAUUUUCACUCUGGCUAUUUGCUUAAUUCCCUUGUAGUCAGUUGUUGAAAAAAAUUCCGAGUCGAAGUUAACGCAAACUCAAGUAGAUCCCAAAAACACAACUGUAAUCGUUCGUGAAGUGGAUGGUGAUACUAUGAAAACGACUGUGACUGUUGGUGACGUUACUGCCAUUCGCAAUUAUAAACGACUAUCCUAACGCCUCCAAAUGAACACUGAUAUUUGCUGAGGGUUUUUUGUAACUGCUUGUAUUCCUACUAUUUUUAUUACAAUGAUAAUCACCGGUGGAUAAAUUUUGCUAUGCAUGUAUCAUUCUAUAUUAAUUAAUCAUUCUCGCAUUUCAAUAAAUACUGCUUAUUGUUGUA